AUGCCAGCAACUCAUGAUAUUAUGGUUUAUUUCAAUACGAAUCUCACAGUAAGUCUACAUUUCCACAAAUAUAAUCACGUUACACCAACCGAUUGUUAUCUAUAGGUUAUCAAUGCAACUAUUGCGCUAUAUAUCUUGAUGAAUGCAAUUGCUCCUCUCUUUCUGGCACCUCUUAGUGAACGUAUUGGUCGAAGGUACGGAAAAGGAACAUUGAAUAUGAGAUUUAUAUUGACAUAUGAAUCAAUAGAUGGGUUUACAUAACCUGUAUGGCUAUUUAUACUGUCUGUACAAUUAUAUGUGGUGUGUCCAAAGGUAUUGGUUUAUUCUUUGCAUUCAGAUUGUUACAAGGUAUUUUUGGAAGCGUUGGUCAAGCAGUUGGUGGAGGUACCGUUUCUGACAUUUUUGAACCUCAUGAACGUGGUAGAGCUAUGGGUAUUUACAUCUUGGGAACCAUUCUUGGCCCUGCCAUUGCACCUGUUAUCGGUGGUUACCUUGAUCAAUACCUGGGUUGGCGUUGGAUCUUUUACAUCUGUACUAUUCUCGGUGGAGUUAUCACUAUAGCAGCUCUCCUUUUUCUCAAGGAAACACUUUACAGGCCUGGUCAAAAAGAAGAAGUUGCUCCUAUUGGUAUUAAAGAACGACUUGAAAGGCUCAAGUUUAAUCCACUUGCUAGUCUCCAGAUGCUCGCCCUUCCUGAAGUUGGCUUAUCCUGUCUUCCUGUCAGUAUAGCUUUUGGUUGGUUUUACUACUUUGUUACCAUUCUCCCACCUACCUUUGGAGAAAUCUAUGGAUUCUCUUCUGGCUCCAUCGGGUUAUGUUAUUUGGCAGGUGGUGUAGGCAACAUUGUAGGAUCAAUCGUAGCAGGGUUUUCAUCUGACAAGCUUUACCAAAGAAGUAUUGCAAAUAAUGGAGGCAUUGUCGUCAAGGAGUUCCGCUUGCGUACUAUUUAUUUCAGUGUCUUUUUCUACUUGGCAGGUUCCCUUAUGUAUGGCUGGUUUCUUCAAUACCGUAUAUUCUGGUUUGCAACCCUUGUAGGAUAUGCUCUGACCACAUUUGGUCUCAUGUCUGCUAUUACUACUGUCAAUACCUAUAUUGUAGAAGCGCAUCUUAAAAAGGCUGCCUCAGUUGUUUCUUCAAAUAACUUUGCAAGAAAUACAUGUGCAAUGAUCUUUUCCCUGUGUGCUGUCUCGAUUCGAGGAUCCUUGGGUGAUGGAUGGUCUUAGUAAGUUCAUUCCAUGAUUGCGUUUUAUAUACUUACUGAUCCAUUUUUUUUAGCACCUUCAUGGGACUCAUGAC